AUGGGUAAGGGUGACCCAGAUGAGAUGAGGAGCCAAGGGGAAGAGGCAGACUCACACUCCUGCCCCCACUGUGACAGGAAGUUCAAAAGGAUAGUCAACUUUAAAACUCACCUCAAAACCCAUGAGAAGAAGAAGUUUACGUGCAUGUGGUGUAAUCGUGAAUUUUUGCAGGAACGCACCUUGGUUGGUCAUAUUUGCUCUCCAGUUAGGAAGAGGUUUAGCUGUAGGAUAUGUGGCGAAAACUUCCACACCCGGCAGAAACUUCAAAUGCACAUUCAGCACAAAAGAAUGCAGGGUGAGAGUUGCUUGCCCAAACGAGGAGAGGAUGAAAGUGACAAAGAAGUUGUGGAGUCAGCAAGCAAAGGAGAUGUAAUACUUGAUGAAAAAUCUAACCAUAUCUCACAAGUAGCUUUACUUGAUGAAGAAGCCAAACAUAACUCACAAGUAGAUUUACUUGAAAAAUCUGACCCUGUUUCACAAGUAGAUUUACUUGAUGAAAAAUCUGACCGUAUCUCACAACAGUUACUUGACAGUGAAAAAAAAGACUGUAGUGAUGAAGUCAGCAUACGAGAAAACAAACCAAGUGAAAGUAACAAAUGUGACAAAGAUGAUUGUCUAAUUGCCAUAAAGAGAGUCGAUUCAAGAGUCUUUGUGGUGCCAAAUGUAGAGAGUAAAUCAUUGCUUUUAACAGAAAAUUUUAUUCAACAGAAAAAACCUGAUUUGCCUAUAGGGUGUUCCCUUGCAGAAUUUUGUGGGAAAAGGUCAAUUAUAGAACAUGAGGCAGGUAGUUCACCCAAGUUUGCAAAAAUUAAGCACAAGGCAGAAAAGUCUCUAGAUAUGCAGAAUUCAGUAAGUUCUAUGCACACUAGUAAGAAAGAUAUAUUGCGGGGUAGCAAUAGGAUUAGUGUUAUCCGAAUACAAAAUGGCAAAGAAAUAUCCAGGGAAAAUUUAGAUGAUUCUGAACUUGUGUCCCUCCGAAGAGAAAGGAAAGUGAAUGGCGAAGAUUGUGUUCAACUGUACAGAAAACUAUGUAACAGUGAGAUAGGCCUUAUUGCUCAAGAACAAACAUUUCACCAAGGAAACAAACUUGGGGGUAAUGACUGUAAGGAGAAAGCAAAAGCUAAUAAAAUCAACUUUUAUAAACAGUACAUAGCCAACCAGUUAACAAGAGGAAAUGUACAAUUGCCUGAAAAAACUACUUGUAUGUCAAAAGUAGAUCUACAAACAAAUAGAAAGGAGAUGUUGUAUGGUGGCAUUAACAACUCAGGAAUCAAAAAUGCGUUUGCUUGUGAAACCAGAAAGAAUUUAUCACCAGCUACUCUUCACAAUGUGAAGCUCCCUUCAUUACAGUCUAAAACUGACUUACUGAAUUAUGAUGAUGCCCAUACUAGUUUUAAAUGUAUUCCUUGUAAAAAAGCUUUUAAGUCUUUGGCCUCAUUCCAAAACCAUAGGGUCUACCAUGUAAGUAAGGUACAGCAGUCCUCUAGUGUAGAUAAAAAUAUUGCAGAUGUAGUCAAUAUGCAACAGCAAGCUGAUGAUGUAAAAAUUACUGUAAUAGACAAGGGUAAAAAUAUACCAUUAUCUUGGAAUACGACUCAGCCCACAAAAUUAAAGAUACGUGUUGUCACGAAAGCUGGGAGAAAAUCACUUGCUUGUUCUAAAUGUGGACAGAAGGUUCAGCUACAGCAUGAAGUUCAAGAUUAUGUUGGGUCUCCCCAAGAACAUUCAGAUGCUGGAGAGAUGGUCUAUAUCUCAAGAUUCCCCAGACCUUCUGCUGUUUUGAGUGGGAAAGAAAAAUUCCAGUGUUCUUGCAACCAGAAUUUGGCUAGAGUUGUAGGUGAAAAUAAAAGCAGUGAUAGUAAAAAAGAUGAUGACACUUCAAACAAUCUUGCUGUUGAUGUGAAGGAAGAAAUGACAGAUGAUGGCAUAUUUAGGGAAGAGCUGGAAAGACCAGUUGUGUCAGGUAGGAAAUCAGAAUUGCAAUGUUCUAAGUCUGGUAAUUUUGCUAAAAAAGAUAAAAGAUUACUUAAAAAUAAUAUUAGCAGUGCAUUGGAUGUCUCAAGCUUUAUUGAGGCUGGGGUGAAGAAAGAACAAUCAGAGGAUGAUGUUUCAAUCGAAGACGAGGUUCACGUGAAGAAAGAACCAUCGGAUUACGACAUUUUACUAAGAAAAGAGAUGGAGAGCUAUGAACUCACUGGAUUUGAUAUUUUAGAUUUGAGAGUAAAGAAUCCAGAAGCCUUUGCUAAUAUAAAGUAUGAGCUAAGUGAGGAGGACGUUGAUAUUGUAAUCAAGGAAGAACAGGAAGAUACUGAUUCAUUGUGGUAAUUGGUAAUUUUUUAAAUGCCUGAUUUUUGUGUUUUUGUUUUGUGGUCUGAUCAAAAGUAGUAUGUUAUUUCUGAAAAAGAAUUCUUGAAGAUUUUCUGUAGGCAGAAAUUUAGGCUGUACAUACAGUUAAUGUAGAAAAUGCUUUUAAGAGACUGAUUAAGACUUUUCUUUGUACACUUCAUUUGAAGAACAUUCUUAUCAAUCACUUUUAGACACAUGGAUUUUAAUUGACACAUUUUAUGGUGGAAAAGUAUUUAUUCCAUUACUCUUUGUAACUUUAUUAUGUAUUAAAUGAGAGAAAAUA